GCACGAUAUGUCACGAUAGUCGACGAUACUCGAGGUCAAUUAUUGCGGCCCUCGCUGGCGCACAUCAUCCAUCACCCCCGCUUGUACAAAUCAACCAACCCUCCCUGGCGAGACAUGCUCCUUCGUGUCAGCCCUUGAUCUGCACAAAGAACAAACAAAAAAGCCACCGGAGCGCCCAACAGCAAGCCACGCGGGCCACAUUACCAGGGGCGUCACCAGGGUUGUCAUCAAGGAAGAGGUGACUUUUUAUAUCUUGUACGCCAACCGUGCGGCACUUGAGAUCCCUUGCUCCCUUUCGGGCUGCAACCAGCAUCCGGACAAAUCUACCCUGGACGGACAAAAAGACUGAAGAAGCCAAGUCACCCCCUCGAGAGGACAAGACCGAGAAAAACCUACGCCACAUCUUUGACACCUCGACUAGACAUGAAAUCAUCCUAGGCAUCGGAAAACAGACAGGAUCAUGUCCCAAGCAGCAAUGUGGACCGACGAUGUCGAUGCAGACCCAGACUCGGACCUCUCCUCGAGCGAGUGUAACGUCGACUACAAGAACGACAGGGACCAAAUUCACCAGGACCAUCACUACCCACAACAGUCGCAGUCACGGACGUUUCUUGCUGCACCCCGCCCCGCGAAUCUCGUACUGUCGAGAUCAGCCUCCAUAGGCCAUGCCCAUACAACUGACAGCCAUGCCAUCUCCCUACCGAGUCCCAGCUUCUCACACCGACUCUCCCGGAUCCCAUAUCGUCAUCACGAUGUGCCUGAACUGUUAACGAGUCGAGACGACAUGAGCGUCACCGCCAGUCCCUCAACACCCGCACCCAUCACGCCUACUUGUAACGGGUUCCAGUUCGACGACAUUUUCCACCCCCUAUCGACCCCUUACCGUUCUCGCCUCGGUUCAACCACGUCCAGCUGCGGACAGAGGACACCUAGUUUGCGCCCGGUAUCGAACAUGUCGAAUUUCUUUCCCGACGUCGAUGCCGUCUCCAUUACACAUGGUCCAAAUCUAGGGACAGCCGAUACGGUAUCCAGCUCAUCUAGCUUCGAGACCCCAGAAGUCCGACCCAGUCGCGCGCACAUGCGGUCGAUAUCCAUUGGCAGGCCAAUGUUGGUGAUGGAUGGGUCGCCCGGGAAGCAGUCGUUGUCGUCAACCACCAGUGGGCCGUUGAAGGAGAAAAGUCGAAAUAUCAAGAACACAUCGCGUCGGAUGGGUGGGUUACUUGCACGCAUCUGGCCUGGAUCGUCGAGCGAGAGGAGAAAUGCGCCAGCAGACCACAAGCGGUCUUUAACGCCACACAAGAUAGAACGACCACAGCUCGACAAUGUAUCAUUACCAAGCGCCGAACCAUUUGGGCCAUCAUCGUUGUCGUCGUCAGCCAGCAGAUCGGGAAACAGAAUGGCGCCAGCGUCGCAGUCGCUUAGUGUCCAGACGCGGGGAAGCUCAGCAGGGAAAGACGGCGACGGCAGCGCGUUUGGCGUCGACUUGAAAGAAAGUAUCCGAAUUGCACCGUCCAAGAUUCGAAUAUCCCACCGAGGGAAGAGCACGUCCCACCGAUUAUUUCCUUUGUCAGUGUACAAAUGCUGCGAAUUUAUCCGCAACUCGGGAUGCACCGACCCAUCCCUUUUUGCCUCCACCGGCAACUCGCACAAUGUUGCCUACCUUAAAUACGUGUUUAACACGGGCCCGUCGUACGGCGACGACUUUGACUUUGACUCCUUAGGCCCCGAAGGCGACCCCUACACGCCCUACGAUGCGGCCCGUCUGAUCCUCAUUUAUCUUCGGGAAUUACCCAAACCGUUAGUCUCGCAAUCUGUGCUUCGAAGCUGGAUCAUGCUCGCCAGGCAAGAAGGGGCCAUAGAACCAGCAGCUCCCAAGCUAGAAGACAUGGGCUUCGACUUUUGGACAGAAGCCCUCAACCGACUCUCGUUACACAACCGAAACCUCGUCAAACACCUCCUCGAUCUCUUCGCCGACAUGUUGUUACGAAGCCGCGCGACAGCCAACAUGCUCGCCGAAGCACACGGAGACAGGAAAGGAAAAGCCGCCGUUAUGGGACAGCAAUGGCAGGGAGGACACGGGGUGGUACACGAAGUAGACGCUCGCCGGCUCGCUUCCGAGCUGUCAAGCAGUAUGUUUCAUACGGAUAAUAUGAAGCUGGGGAAAAAGGCGGCGGCUCAUCCGACGCUUGCGCUGGCGUUUUUGAUCAAGAAGAGGGGGGAUUAUGCGGCGAGAAUUGGGAAGGCGGCAAUGGCGCCGGGACACUCAAGGAGGGCGUCGGAGCUGUUUUUGCCGAGCACGAGGGAGAUUAUGGAGUGGAAGGGGGGCCAAAGUUAUUCGUGAUGAUGCGGUGCCUCUAUCGUCACUGUUCUACCGCCAUCACCAUGGAACAGGGAGGAGGGGUGCAGGCAUAUAUCCUUGGGACUGGAGCUUGGAAACGCAUGAUUCGACAUCAGCCAUGCCACAGGUGUAGAAGAAGAGGAGAAACAGGUU